AUGGUUCUUACAGUAACUCCCAGGACGUCGGUCACUUUGAUCGGAGCGGGCACUCAAGGAAGACGCCUUGCAUUCAUGUGGUCGAGUAGAGGAAACGAUGUCCAUCUGGUCGACGGCCAAGAAGCCCAACUUCAAGCCAGCAUCAAAGCCAUUGAGGAGUUUCGACAAAGUUCAAGCAACAGAAAUGCUUUCUGGGGUAGAAUCAUAACUCAUUCUCCCGAAAGCUUGCGCGAGGCUCUUCAAGCUGCUUGGUUGGUAGUCGAGUGUGUACCUGAGCAAAUCGAGCUCAAGACGAAAGUCAUCUCAGAGCUCGAUUCACUAGCUCCACGAGAUACUAUCAUUGCGUCAAACUCGAGCAGUUAUUCCUGUUCGGAGAUAUUGAAGGGUCUUAAUCUAAGAAACGAGAGUCGUUUUCUAAGCGCUCAUUCUUACUGGCCACCUGAGACACCUGAAAUCGAAAUCAUGGGCCAUGAAACAACCCACCCUUCAUACAUCACAUUGAUGAUGGAGCAAUGCAAAGCCCAUGGCUUCUCGCCAUUUCAUGUUAAGUCACCAUCAAUGGGAUACAUCUACAACAGAAUAUGGGCGGCUAUCAAGAGAGAAGCCCUCCUCGCAGCUUCAGAAGGCGCUGCAACACCAGAAGAAAUCGACGAUAUUUUCAAGGGAGUACUGAAAACACCCAAAGGGCCUUUUGAGCAGAUGGAUGUUGUUGGCUUGGAUGUUGUGUUGGAUAUUGAGCAGCAUUAUGCUGAUGCUAGGGGAAAUAUCCCAAGUGCACCCCGACAAUAUUUACAGAAGUUUUUGGAUGAAGGUAAUCUAGGCGUUAAGAGCGGGCGAGGAUUUUAUGACUACGGGAAGUCUUAGAUGGGUUAGGAGUUCAAUAGACGUGAAUCAGAGACUUCGAUGUUUCCAA